UUAUUUACAAACUCGAUUCUAUUCCCUCUCCAUUGGAGAGCGUUUGUAGUGUUAUUUGUAAUUUUUAUUAUUUUGCUUGCCGCAUAAUAUUUACUUUUCUUGGUCAAAACAUGAGCUGCAAUUAUGCAGACGGUUUGUCACCAUAUGAAAAUAAAGGGAUUUUAGGAUUACCAGAGAGGUUCGAUAGCGCUGAGACAGUGGAGAAGAAAUGUGCCGAACUGGUAGACUGGAUGUUGGCCGCACGGGGACGCAUUGUGAUACAUACAGGCGCUGGCAUAAGCACCAGUGCUGGUAUACCUGAUUUUCGGGGUCCGAAAGGUGUGUGGACACUGGAGCAGAAAGGUAAAAAACCCACCAUAAAUGUAUCCUUCGAUGAAGCAAAACCCACAAAAACACAUAUGGCAUUGCGUGCUUUGGUAGAAGGAGGAUUUGUGCGAUACAUUGUAAGUCAAAAUAUCGAUGGACUGCAUUUAAAGUCAGGUUUGUCACGUCAUUACUUAGCCGAGCUGCACGGAAAUAUGUUCGUAGAGCAAUGUAACAAGUGCAAACGACAAUUCGUGCGGGUCAAAGCAGCAGAGACGGUGGGACAAAAGCCUUGUGGCGGUAUGUGUCGUUCUGGUGAAAAUGGAAAAGUGCGCGCAUGUCGCGGCGGCUUGCUUUUAGACAAUGUCCUUGACUGGGAGGCUGAUCUACCAGAGCGAGAUUUAGAUAUGGCUUUCUUGCAUUCCAGUUUAGCGGAUGUCAAUAUAUCGAUGGGCACCACUCUUCAAAUCAUACCAAGUGGCAAUUUACCGCUGAAAAAUAAGAAAUUCGGAGGAAAGUUGAUUGUUUGUAAUCUGCAACCAACAAAACAUGACAAAAAAGCGGAUUUAAUUAUAUCAACCUAUGUGGAUGAUGUAUUGGAAAAAGUAUGUAAGCGGUUGGGCAUUGAAAUACCGGUUUAUGAUGCAACGGAGGACCCCACAAAAGUAUCAACUGCCGAAAAUUCCGAUUGGACUAUCCCAGCGGCAGCGAUUAAGAAGUUAGAGAAAGAAUACAGUGAUAAAUUAAAGAACCUUAAAAUGCAGCGAAAGUUGCUGAAUAUUAAAAGUGUUGCAAAAAAAGAAGAAGUGGUAGCAAAUAAGAAGAGCAAACACGAAAUAUAAAAGCGUGCGGUCAACUUUGUUUUUGUUAUCCAUGCAUACUCAGUUUUUCUUUUCUUCUCAGCGGACCGUAAAAUAUCCAAGUUCUAAAUUUUCCAAAAAAAAAUAUAAAAAAGUAAAUACUUAUGCUCACUCUAUGAUGUUAAUAUGGAUAUCAAACGCAAGAGAGCUAUUAAAAAAUGUUUUGUUUACUUUCUCAGUAUCAAUUAUUUGUUAUAAACGAAGUUUAAAAGUAAACAAAAACUAUUUUUUAAUAAUAUAUCCUAUUUCCUUUGAUGCGCUUAUUAAUAUUCCAGACUGAGUAUAAGUAUGAAGACCAUUUUUAAAAUUUUCAAACAUUUUUUUUUAAUAGUUUUUUAAUAAACGUCUUUCGUCGUUCGUUCAUAUUAAUAUUCCAGACUGAGUAUAAGUAUUAAAACCAUUUUUUGAAAAUUUAGCCCAUUAAAAUUUUAAAGUCCUCAAUUUAGCUGAGAAAAUGAAAAACUGAAUAUACAGCCUUACUAUACUCGUAUAAGAUAUAUGGUGCUGUUGUAGCAGCAUAAACAUUCCCCAUACUUACAUACGGGGUAUGCUGGAUGCUGGUAUGCCGGGUCGUUUCGGUAACGUAGAACCGCCUGUCGUCUAUAGUUUCACGUGCUUAUGCAAUAUUUAUUUAGGCCGACGUAGCCGAAUGGGGUGGGGCGCGACUACCAUGCGGAAAUGCAAGCAUUCAAAACCCCGGGCACGAAACACCAAGUGAUAGCAAAAGUUUUUUCCAAUAGCUGCUCAGUAGGCACUAGCAGAAACUACUCAUAAAAAACAUCUGCCGGUCGGAGGCGUCAUAAAACUGUAAGUCCUUCAAUUUGCAGAAAAAUAUAGACAUUCAACAAAAAUAUUUAGAGGGAGGAGUUCGAUCAAGCACCCAAGAAAAGGGUGUAAGUGUUAAUUAUAUACUUUUGCUUUCCAACGGUGUAAUCAUUAAAUCAGUGCAUUUAAAAUUAACUAUAUUGCGAUUCGCAAUUAAUUAAACUAAUUACUUUUAAGUAAAACAUAUUUUUUCAGUAUUCCACGGCGUAAACUUCUUACCAUUUUACAUGCAACAAAUGAAAUUCUAUAACACUCGACAAUAUUGUAUUUACUAUUUAUGCAAAUAUUUUGAAUAUUUAUUUUCCCUUUUUAUAUAGAUAUAUUAUAUUUAUAUGUGUUCUUCAUUCAAACAUUACAUACGCAUUUGUGGAUUCUUUAAAUAAACCACUUCAAUCAUUUAAAAUUUUAUUUGAAUGUCUUUAAUUCAAUUUCUCGAUUGAUUUUGUGUAUAAAAACCAUAAU